UUUUACAAUGAGCCAGCGCUUGUCGUAAGCUUUACAAAGCUAACAGACGUCAAUUGCGCUCAUGCAUAUUCGAUCGUACUGCAAAUACUGUGUCUUUGUCAUUUGACUGUAAUUAGUUGAUCACCAGCGCCUGGUCGGUGUAGUGUUACGAUAAUCGGAGGACUUGAGUGAAGAAAAUUUACAUACAUAUGUACAAUACAUAUUACUGAUUAAUGCAAAAACCUUGUAAGAAGUUUUGAUUAAAAAAUUAAUAAAAACACGUAUAGUAUUGCAAAAAAAUUGGAGUGAGUAAUCUAAAACGUCAAGCUGUGGUAUUUUAACUUAGAGUGAGUCGUCGACACAGCACGUUGAGGGAGUAUUGUUACAGAAUUCCAGUCAAACAGUGACAAAUACCAUUGGUGCAUGAUACUUCGUAUAUGAAACCAUAGAGUGAUCGAAAUAUCAAAAACAAUUGUAUUAAGCGUGAAGCUUUGUAGCAUUCUAGUAAAAUGCCAGCCAAAAACGCAAACGGCAAGCCCAAGACUGGGGCAGUAACGAGUCGCAGUUGUAAAAUUCAAAAUAGGAAAAAUGUAGUAGAAAACAAAAAAUUAAUUUGUAGUGUGAAGAGAUUUCCGCAACUGUACAAUAGUGAUCACAAGGAUUAUCUACAGCAAAAGGCUACCAAUGAAGCCUGGAAGGCGGUAGCUGAAUCAUGGGGAAAAUCAGCAAGGUUCAGCAAGGUUCGUUGGCGUAAUCUGCGCGCCGCCUAUGCACGCUCCAUUAACGUCUAUAAGACUCAACGUGGUCCGAAUCGUGGAAAAUCCUAUUACUUAACUAAGGAAAUGGAGUUUCUUAGGCCAUAUCUACAAAAAGAAGUGGCCGCAGUUGUCGGAGAUAAUAUCGCUGAUAAUGCCGCAGAGGUAGUAAGAGUUUUGGAAUCGGAUGCAUUGGAACCGUCAACCAGUAGAUCGAAUCACUCAACAGUUAGGGAAAAUGAGAAUCCCAACUAUGACCACUUUAUUCAAAAUAUACAGCGACAAAUGCAAAGCAUGAACCAAAGUCAGAAUAAGACAUUCAUAGAGGACUUUCUCAAGAAAAUUGUGUUUCCGUUUGUAAUUGACACAAUGGAGGAACAGGAAUUCAGUGUUUUACAACGAAAAAUACAAGAUCGACUAAAUCAAUGUGAUGACACACAAAACGACGAAGUGCUUGUCAAGAAUGAACCAUUAUCACCAGAUUCAGACCACCCAUUGUGACAAUUUUCAUAAUAAAAUGAUU